UUCGCUGUUCCUUCUCUUAUUUCCCGUCAGCUACUUCAACUUCCCCUUCUCCGGUGCGUGCCGUUGGGCCUCGUCGACCCGGAAAACCCGCAACCCGGACCCGAAUCCGAUUACAUAUUCGUACAUACUGCAUAGAAGUUGCACGCAGAAUCUGAGGCUAGUUCUCGUUUACAUCUAUCUAUACACAGAUUUACAUUGCCGUUCCCUUGCAAUGGCUGCCACAGCAACUGCCUCUUCAGUUGGUCCGCGGUAUGCACCACCAGACCCUACUUUACCAAAACCAUGGCGCGGUCUUGUGGAUGGAAAGACUGGGUAUCUUUAUUUUUGGAAUCCUGAAACUAAUGUUACCCAAUAUGAGCGGCCUUCGAGCUCAUCUGCCCCACCUAAGUAUUCUUCUUCGGUGUCUAGUUCCUCUGUCCAGGUUCAACAGUCAUCUCAAGGGCAGCAGCGUGGUCGCAGUCCUGAGUUGAGUGAUAGGUAUGAUAGAAACAGUGGAGGUGGGUCAAACAAUGAAGGUGGAUUGCGCAACUACCAGGAGUCGAAAGGUGGAAAUUUUAGCUCUCAUAAUACUCCAAAUGGGAUGCAUUCUGCUGGAAAUGUUAGUUCCUCUAUCAAAGGUCAAGGAGCACCAGAUACUGGAGUUGGGUUAUCUCCAGAGGCUUAUCGGCGUCGGCAUGAAAUUACAGUUACUGGUGAUGAUGUUCCUCCACCACUUACGUCAUUCGGUUCAAGUGGCCUUCCCUCUGAGAUUCUUAGAGAGGUACAAAAUGCUGGGUUCUCUGCCCCAACUCCAAUUCAGGCACAGUCGUGGCCUAUUGCUCUUCAAAGUAGAGAUAUAGUUGCAAUUGCUAAAACAGGUUCAGGGAAGACUCUGGGGUAUUUAAUUCCAGCAUUUAUUCAUCUCAAGCGCACUGGUAAUGAUCCAAGAAUGGGCCCCACAGCAUUGGUACUAUCACCAACAAGGGAACUGGCAACACAGAUACAAGAUGAAGCUGUGAAGUUUGGGAAAUCGUCAAAAAUUACUUGUGCAUGUUUGUAUGGAGGAGCACCAAAGGGUCCUCAAUUGAGGGAUAUUGAUCGUGGAGCAGAUAUUGUGGUAGCCACUCCUGGCCGUUUGAAUGAUAUUCUUGAGAUGAGGAGAAUUACUCUUAACCAGAUUUCUUAUCUAGUGCUGGACGAGGCAGACAGGAUGCUGGACAUGGGCUUUGAGCCUCAAAUUAGAAAGAUUGUAAAUGAGGUGCCUGCUCGUAGGCAAACUCUUAUGUAUACUGCAACAUGGCCUAAGGAGGUUAGGAAAAUUGCAGCUGACCUGCUGGUCAAUCCCGUUCAGGUGAACAUCGGGAAUGUAGAUGAGCUUGUUGCUAACAAAUCUAUUACUCAGCAUGUUGAAGUAUUGACCUACAUGGAGAAACAGAGACGACUGGAAAAUAUUUUGCGGUCACAGGAUCAAGGAUCUAAAAUAAUUAUUUUUUGUUCUACCAAGAAAAUGUGUGAUCAACUUGCUCGUAAUCUUGCACGCCAGUUUGGAGCUGCUGCUAUUCACGGGGAUAAAUCCCAGUCUGAGAGGGACCAUGUCUUGAAUCAAUUUCGGACUGGGAGGUCUCCUGUCCUUGUUGCUACGGAUGUUGCAGCUCGAGGAUUGGACAUUAAAGACAUCAGGGUGGUUGUCAACUAUGACUUCCCUACAGGAGUGGAAGAUUAUGUUCAUAGGAUUGGGAGGACCGGGAGAGCUGGGGCCACUGGUUUGGCAUACACUUUCUUUGGGGAGCAGGAUGCUAAACAUGCUACAGACCUCAUCAAAGUCUUGGAAGGUGCAAACCAGCGAGUUCCUCCUGAACUUCGGGAUAUGUCAGGACGGGGUGGUGGGAUGAAUAGAUCCAGACGAUGGGGUUCUUCUGGUUCUGGCCGCGGGGGACGCGGUGACUCUGGAUUUGGUGGAAGGAAUAAUGAUUCUGGAUACGGUGGAAGGGGUAGUGAUUCUGGAUACAGUGGAAGGGGUAGUAGUGAUGCUGGAUAUGGUAGCAGAGUUGGCGACUCUAGUUAUGGAGGAAAGGGUGGGUGGUCUGCUUCUGGCAGAGGUGGAGGUCGUGGGUCAGACUAUGAUUCACAGAGGAAUGAUCGGGCUCGGAGUCCUGACAGGGGAUCUAGUUGGAGUGAUCGCUUCAAAAACCGUGAUCGCAGUCGUAGCCGUAGCCGUAGCCCUGUCAGGGUCCCACCAAAUUCCAAUGUCAGCUUUCACAAAGCAAUGAUGGAACGUGGUGGAGGUGAUAGUGAUCGCAAGGGUUUUAAUCGGGACCGAAGCCGCAGUCCUGCCCCCUACAGCAAGGACCGGGCUCCCACUGGUCGCGAACGUUCCCCCCCUUACAGUUUUCAUCGCUCUGUUAUGGGGCAAGGUCGAUCAUCCUCCCCAUAUCGACAGCAGCAUGCAGAGGAAAAAGCAUUAAGACGCAGUCCUAAUCGAAGUUCACCAUCCUCUCCUGGUGGUGGUAGAUCGAACAAUGGUACUCAAAAGGAGUGGGGAGGGUCUCAUGGUGACGGGAAGUAUGGUGGAUCUUCCUAUAAUGGAGAAGAGGAGGAAGGCAUGAUACCUGAUGAAGAAGGCAUGAUAGGUCAAGAUGAUGGUGUAUAUCAAAAUGCAGACUAGAGGCUUUUCAGCUGUGGUUAACAAUCUUACUUAAAGGUUAUUUUGGUGUACUUUUGCAUAUGGAAAAGACAAUGUUACUUGAACAAAGGGCAACCUAGGAUUUGGUAGUGAAGUACAUGGCAAGUGUAUAUUUUUGAGGGGCUGAAUGGGAAAAAAGCCUUCAAGCCUGGAAAUGGCAUAGAUGAACUUAGUAACGAAUAUUAUUAUGGUGUUUUGUUUAGUUGCAAGUAGUUAGCAGCAUAUAUUUUGGUGAAAGCAAGCAGCGAACAAAUGUGACGGUGACACACUGACACUUGUGCUUUUGAGUUGUAAUUUGCCGUCUGCUAAUGCGAGCUUUAGAUUUUAUUUACAA